AUGUCCAUACAGCCAGCAUCGGGCAAUGGAGACCAACAAGCCAACCUUCAAGGGCAUGAACAGCAUGCUGAUGAAUUGAACAAUGAACCGAUAGCUGCUUCCGCCACAGGAGAAUCUGCAAAAGAUGAAGAGACACCACCGGAGACCCCAGAUGGCCUGGACCCAAGCUUCUUCCAGUUAUCUGAAGAGGAGAAGGAGAAUGCUUUGGAUAUCAAGGAUGCCGUUGAGGGCUUACCGGACCUAGACAACCUAUCUGACUUUAUGUAUGCGAAUAUGGCUCUUGUGUGGGACGUUACCACAUCAAUAAAGCAUGCUUACAUCAUGCAGGAAGUUAGAAAGGAGUACAAGAUACUUCUGACAUAUGAAGAUGGUGUCCGGGCCUUCACUGAAGUCAUGGAACUCGUGCCAACAUUUUUUUUGUCUUACAUGUUUGAUGUAAAGGACGCAAAGUCUGUGUUGGUAAUGGACCUGAGUGUCCCAAAAAAUGAAAUGUGGAGAGACCCCAAGAAGAUUGAAAAGUUUAUGCGCUGCGGGUUCUACCUCUCUUACGCCACAUUCCCUACCUUGGAGACUGUGAGGAAAGGCAAAACUGACAUCUUUGAAUUUGAAGGGUUUCAGUGGGGCAAAGGAUGGGUUGAGCUGAGGUGGGCUGAGCACCUUACCAACCUGACCAUUGGGGCAUUUCCCUCCAAUUUCCGAACACACUUCUAUCACACUCCUGUAAUGGCAAAUGUUUUUGUGUCUAUGUUGAAAAAGAUGCUCCCAAAUGAAGUUGCAGCAAGGAUUCAUGCGGGAUUUCAAUUUGCCGGAGGGAGACUAUCCAAUUUCUACUUGCUACCAACACCUGAAGUUGCCGCUGAAAGAACCUUGGCAAAUCUGUUGAUGGGCCUCAAAAUAAGGAUGGACAGUGAGAAGAUGUUUUCACUGGAUGAACAUUAUGGAAUACCUCAAGAAGAAGAGGAGGACUGA